GAAGUAUUUACCUUUGUUUUAAUCUAAUCUCUGGUUUUAAGAUAUUUGUUUUUUUGCAGGUGACUUUGUUGUUUCAAACAAAAACAUAAAUCAGCUGAUCAGCUAUGUUGUCUUUUAGUAAAACUGUGUUUAAUUGAUGAAAUCUUCGAAUUGUAUGCUAGUAUUAUUUUCUAAAUAUGUUUCUGUCAACGUUAUUGCAGAAAUCAAAGACGAUUCUUGGUAUCAGUCAAACGCCUGAGAUUGCACGUGAAGUGAAUGAGAAUACUGAUGAGACCACAACUAUUAGCAGUGAAUGUGCGAAAGAUACCCUAACUGAUUCUGAAAGAUACGCUGAACUUAGGGAAACAAUAUAUGAACACAUAAGAACUAUCCGUGAUCCAGAGAAGCCUGCAACUCUGGAAGAUUUACACGUGGUUUAUGAAGAAGGAGUUAUGAUAAAGUCACCAACGGAUGACAAAGUGUGUGUGAUUCGCAUAGAGUUCAACCCCACCAUCCCACACUGCAGCCUCGCGACACUCAUAGGACUGUGCAUACGGGUGAAACUGCAGCGAAGUCUUAUUGAAAAGUACAAGCUGGACAUAUACAUUAAGAAAGGAACACACUCCACGGAGGAUGAAAUUAACAAGCAGAUCAAUGACAAAGAAAGAAUUGCAGCAGCAAUGGAAAAUCCAGAACUUCAUAAAUUGGUUGAAGAGUGCAUACUAGAUGAUGAGUGAAGUGUGUGUUUGGUGCACUUGUACAUAAAACUAGAAAUUGUAUUGUAAAUAUUUUUCUACAAAUUUUUUUGUAACAUAUUUAUGGACAAAUUGUAACCUCUUAUGGUCAUAUUUAUGAAAUUAAUUUCUGUUGUGCUAUAUUUUAAUUGUGGAGUAUUUUAUUGUUUAUAAAUUUGUUAGUUCUUAGGUUUUUUUUCCUUGGUAUGAGUUUUUGCAAAUUAAUUAUAAAAUUAAAAUUACACUAGUUAAUAAUUGAGACAGUUACAUUUUUAUAGAAUAAUUCUUGUUGCAUUUUGAAUUCAGCUUCAAAGUUUUAUCUAAUACAAACAGAUUUAGUUAUAUUGAUCUGCAUUAUAAAUACAUAUUUUGGAUACAACAGGCAUAAAGAACAAAGUUUAUUUUUGGUGAUAUUGGAGUUGUAAUAAAUUUCUUUAGCAAAGAUAAA